AUGGAUGCGCUAUCAAAAGCAAACAGCACCUUUGCCUUGACCCUUCUGAAAAAGCUGGGUGAAGACAACUCGAAAAAUGUGUUUAUCUCUCCCCUAAGCAUCUCCUCAGCCCUGGCCAUGGUCCUCAUGGGGGCCAGGGGCAACACCGCAGCCCAGAUGUCCCAGACACUCUCUCUAAGCACGAGCAGUGGCGGAGGUGAAGAUGUCCACCAGGGUUUUCAGAACCUUCUCAGCGAAGUUAACAGGCCCGACACACAGUACUUACUCAGAACCGCCAAAAGGCUCUUUGGAGAGAAGACUUAUGAUUUCCUCUCGUCUUUCAAAGAUGCCUGCCGCAUGUUCUACCAAGCAGAGAUGGAAGAGCUGGACUUUGUCAGCGCUACGGAGGAAUCCAGGAAGCACAUAAACACCUGGGUAGCCGAGAAGACAGAAGGUAAAAUUAGAGACUUGCUCGCUGCAAAUUCAGUUGACUCCCUGACACGUCUGGUUCUCGUGAAUGCCAUCUACUUCAAAGGAGACUGGGCUAAAAAGUUUCCCAAAGGGCACACCGUGGAAAGGCCAUUCCACAUCACGAAGAACCUGCAGAUAACUGUGCCAAUGAUGUACAACAUGUCCAUCUUUAAAACGAUGUACAUUGCAGAAAUCUGCAGCCAGAUUCUGGUGCUUCCCUAUGUUGGCCAAGAGAUGAACAUGGUCAUCCUGCUGCCCAGUGAAAGCGCUGACUUGAACACAGUGGAGAAGGCCCUAACCUACGAGAAAUCUGUCGCGUGGAUGAAGCCGGAUGUGCUGGCCGAGGAGGAGGUGGAGCUGUUGGUGCCCCGAUUCACGUUGGAGGAGAGUUACGACAUGGAGGGCGUCUUCCGAGACCUGGGCAUGACCAACCCUUCGACGCGGCCCUGGCCAACUUCACCGGGAUACGGAAACGCGCACGUGACCGGAGAGCGGCGGGAAGACGGACACGCGCACGUGACGGGGGAGCGGCGGGAAGACGGAAACGCGCACGUGACGGGGGAGCGGCGGGAAGACGGAAACGCGCACGUGACCGGGGAGCGGCGGGAAGACGGAAACGCGCACGUGACCGGGCAGCGGCGGGAAGACGGAAACGCGCACGUGACGGGGGAGCGGCGGGAAGACGGACACGCGCACGUGACGGGGGAGCGGCGGGAAGACGGAAACGCGCACGUGACCGGGGAGCGGCGGGAAGACGGACACGCGCACGUGACCGGGCAGCGGCGGGAAGACGGAAACGCGCACGUGACCAGGGAGCGGCGGGAAGACGGAAACGCGCACGUGACCGGGGAGCGGCGGGAAGACGGAAACGCGCACGUGACCGGGCAGCGGCGGGAAGACGGAAACGCGCACGUGACGGGGGAGCGGCGGGAAGACGGACACGCGCACGUGACGGGGGAGCGGCGGGAAGACGGAAACGCGCACGUGACCGGGGAGCGGCGGGAAGACGGACACGCGCACGUGACCGGGCAGCGGCGGGAAGACGGAAACGCGCACGUGACCGGGGAGCGGCGGGAAGACGGAAACGCGCACGUGACCGGGGAGCGGCGGGAAGACGGAAACGCGCACGUGACCGGGGAGCGGCGGGAAGACGGAAACGCGCACGUGACCGGGGAGCGGCGGGAAGACGGAAACGCGCACGUGACCGGGGAGCGGCGGGAAGACGGAAACGCGCACGUGACCGGGGAGACACAAGUUACUCCUGCCGGGCCACAGACACGAGGCCGUCCGCGCCGGACGUCCACGAAGGGCCUCGUCUGUCGGGCCUACACGUGUGUGUUUUAUCUGACGGGCUGCAGGAGUCCCCGGAGAAUUCCGAGUGCCGGGGUCACCCAGCGGGGUGGCUACUCCAGCCCCUACGAGGUGGCGGAAAUCUUCCUGUGGUUCUCGCUGCUGUUUGCUGCUGUCUGCAGUGCUGAGCAGGCUCACAGUAGGAAUCUCUUGUUUGCAGUAAAUGCAAGAUUAGCAGGGAAUCAUAUUUCUCUUCGCCAGACGGGCCCCUAUCCAAUCCACCGCUGGCGCUUUCACCAUCCUGAAGACCCAAGCGAGGGCCGGCUAGCUGACCUUGCCCGAAGGGCGACGUCCCUUCCGCACCUGCGAUUCCCGCGCGCGGCCGCCAUAUGGUGCUGCCGCGUCGCGGACUAG